UUAUCAAUGCUGUUCGACGGUUAUCGAGCGCGCUAUAUUGUGUCCACAAAAUACAGACGAAAACAACCGCAUAAUUUUUGGUGUAGUGAGUUACUACUAACGUGUGAAAGGAGAAUGGUUUUUUUUUUCCUACACACCGCAUUAUUUGUGUAUAAUUCUGCGUAAUAUCCGAAAAGGCGGUAUAGUGCUCGUUAUUAUGCAAUUACGUAUUAUCCACGGUCGGCGACACGCCUCGCGGCUCAGACACAUUAUCGCGGCGUGUACCGAUUGAUUAGAGUUGGGCAUAGUUCAGUAUACGUAUUUCGUAGACAUCAACUGUAUGGCGUCUCAAAUUAUGUCUGUCACGUGGAAGGUUCGAGCAUCAUCUCCCUGAAGACAGAAGACAAAGUUGUGUCAAGUCCAUUAUGUCAUCGUUUACGUUCGGCACUGACAUCGAUCCAUUUUUGGUGAAAAAUUUCAACGUGCAGUCCACUAUUGGUCUGGUAACCGUGUGCGUCGGUUUGAUAGCAUUGGCUGUUGUGUUUGAGUCUCUGAAGACUGUGCAUUUUAUGAUGAAAGUCCACAGGCGAUUGUUGUGCUGUAGCCAGCCAGAUUGCAAAGAUUAUGUCAACAGAGAAACGUUUGCAGUAACAUUUUCAAUGAAAAUAUUUGAUUGUGUCAGGACACUGGUAGUUUACACGUUUCAAAUGUUUAUCGGUUAUAUUUUGAUGUGUGCCAUUAUGACAUUCAAUGGCUAUAUAUUUUUUGCUAUCGUCGGAGGAUAUGGCUUAGGAUACUGGUUAUUUGGAUUGACAAUGAUGCAUUUGUCGGCAAAAAAUUUGAUGAAAUCCCAAGACGUCCCAGUCAGAUGUAAAAAUUGUACUACAAUUAAUACAAAUAGAAAAGAUACUACAGAAAAUAGUAUUUGUACUGAUAUUAGUGAUGAUUUACCAUGUACAAGUUCUACUGUUCAAGUGGAAGUACAUAAUAUAUCAUAAUUAUUAUGAAAUUAUGUAUUUUAUUAUAAAGACUCUGAGAAAAUACCAUAUUUUCUACACAAUUUAAGUUUAAAAUUAUUGAUAUAUUUUUUUAUUUUAAUAGUUACCAUUAAUCUUAAAAU